CGUGAAGUCUUUUACGUCCAGGCCCUCUUUCUUUUUUGUCGUGCGGUGGAGAGGUUGAUGAUUUUCUCGUGCGAGAAAAGUGGCGCGUCUGUCAGUUACUGCGCGUCCAUUUCGUGCGGAGCCCCCGUCUUUAUCAUGGCUGCUGGUUGGACGGACCCCCCCUUCAGGACAAGUCCGACUUCGGACAAGAUACGACGCCUGCUGACCUGCUUGACGGAGCAUGGGUGGGGUGAGGGGGGCCGGUCCCUUUUGACGAAACGUCUGAUAGCAAUGGUAUAAAGGAUUUCUCUCUUCGUCGUUUCCCCCCACCCGUGCACUCCCUCUUGCUCUCUGGCUCCUUUCACCGCAAAGCGCUCACUCAUUCGAUCAUGUCUUUGCACCAAUCUGCUCUGAUGGGCAUCACUCAACGGCUGCUCCAGCUGCCCAUCUCCCUGCAGCUGGUUCUGGUGGCAAGUGCCAUCUUGCUCCCCUACACCCUCUACCACUUCUUUUUGCACCCGCUCGCUGGUCUGCCUGGCCCCCUGUCAGCCAAGCUGGGCUUGCCCCUAUUUCCCUUCUUGCACGCCUACCGGCGCGACUACGUCUGGGCCUUGGCGCAGCAGCAUGCCCGUUACGGUCCCAUCGUCCGCAUCGCGCCGAACCACGUCAGCUUUACGUCGGCGCGCGCCGUCGAGAAAAUCUAUGCGCACGGCUCGGCAAAGUACCUCAAGACGGACUUCUACAAGUCCUUCCAGGUCUACUGGGGCCGGCCCUCGCUCUUUAGCGACGUCGAUCCGCACUCGCAUGCAGACAGGCGGAGGGCCAUGGCGAGCGCCUAUGCGAUGAGCUACCUCGUCAAGCUCGAGGAGUGCGUCGAGCCGUGCGUAGACCUGCUGGUGGAGCAGUUUGAGCGCAUGGUGGGCGAGGCAGAAAAGUCAAAGGCGUCCAUCGACAUGGCCAAAUGGAUGCACUUCUUUGCCAUGGAUGCCGUCGGAGAGCUUGCCUUUGGAAGGGGCUUUGAGUUUCUCGAGAAGGGCUCCGACCCAAACAACUUUCUUCUGGGCGUCUCGAACCUGUCGCACUGGGGCAGCAUGGCCGGCUUCUUGACGCCGCUCCUCUCUCGACCAGCCCGCGUGGUGCUCAAGUGGCUCUCGGGCGAGCCGGGCGGCGAGGUGGUUGGAGUCGCGACGCGAGCGAGGAUCGAUGCACGGUACAAGGCCGAGGCAGCCGGCCUCGUCGACCGACAGGAUAUGCUGACGAAGAUCAUCCGCGCCAAGCACCCCUCGACGGGACGGCAGUAUGAUGCCAAUGACAGUCUGCGCACGGCCAUCAGCGUCGUCGGAGCUGGCAGCGACACGACGAGCGUGGCGCUCUCUGCCUUUUUCGGCUACCUCGUGCGAAAUGGCAAAGUGUACGAGGACCUGCAGCGCGAGAUUGACGAGGCGUUUGAGCGAGGCGACCUGAGCCUGCCUGCCAAAUACAGCAAGGGCGUCCAGCUGGAGCUGCUGCAGGCGUGCAUCAAGGAGACGCUCCGGCUGCACCCGCCCAUCAGCAUGUCGCUGCCCCGUCUCGUGCCCCACGGUGGCGACGUCAUCGAUGGCCGCUUCUUCCCCGCCAACACCAAUGUCAGUGUCAGCUCCUUUGUUCUCCACCGGACAAAGGAGGCCUUUGGAGACGAUGCGGCCGAGUGGAACCCCUAUCGCUGGAUCGGUCUCGAUGAGCAGACGAGGAGGGAGAUGGAGCGCGUCAACCUCAGCUUUGGUGCAGGCAACCGCCAGUGCAUUGGCAAGAACAUCUCCCUGAUGGAGAUCACCAAGGUCCUCCCGACGCUCCUCUAUCGCUUCCGAUUCGACUUUGUUCCUCGCGACAGAAGCCAGAGGAGGCGGGUGCCCCGGGACUCCAACGGCAGCGAGGCGGAGCCGGCGACGACACCCUGGAGAACCAACUCAACGUGGUUCCUCGACGUCGAGGAUCUUGUCCUCGAGGUGUCGCAGCGAGAGGUUUAAAUGUAAUAUAGUGCUGAAGAAGCGAGAGUGGCACCAUUAGAGAUG